AGCACAGACUCAGACUGCAGUCAGGACUGAUCUGGUUUAAAGUAAGGCUUUAAAAUUGUUCAGUAUAAGAUCAGGAUUAGUGACGAGUGCAGACUGAAGAUGAGCGAGGAAGUGUACGUGAACACUGGAGUUACUGCUUAUAACAUAUCUCACUCAGAAGAAAGCGUUUAUGAAAAUGAGCUGAAAUUGGAGACCCAGGUGAAAAGAAACAAGCAAGAUCGUACAAAAUCAGGAUUCGAAAUUGCAUGGAGCCGAUGGUACAGACUGACUGCAGUGUGUGUGCUGCUGCUGUGUGUUUUCCUACUGACUGUGGUCACAGUGCUGUGGAUCAAAUACAACAAUCUGACUAUAGAGAAAGACCAGUUACAGACCAGUUACAACAACAUGACUCUAGAGAGAGACCAGUUACUGCACAAUGUCCUUUUAAAACUUGAAGGAUGGAGAGUUUUCAGCUCAAGUGCUUAUUCCAUUUCUACUGUAAAGAAGAGCUGGGGGGAAACCAGACAGGAUUGUAUAAAGAGAGGAGCAGAUCUGGUGAUCAUAAACAGUACAGAGGAACAGGAGUUCAUCAGUACAAAUUUCUGUGGUACUAAAGCUUGGAUUGGUCUGAAUGACAUAGACACAGAGGGGACAUUUAAAUGGGUGGACGGUUCACCACUGACCACUAAGUUCUGGUGGUCUGGAAAACCAAAUAAUUUGAACAAUGCAAGCUGUGUUAUAACAGGCUACACAAAGGCUAAGUUUAACAUCUCCUCCUGGGCCGUUUAUCCCUGUAACCUCCCUAUGUCUGAAUGUGCGUACGAUGAUGGGAUCUACAAUAAUGGGAUCUACAUUGAGGAACUACAGAGAGGAGAGCGAGUGGAAAUGGUGGUGGAUAUUUAUGAGAGUACAGAUGCUGUUCUAGGUCAUGGCCCUUACACACAAACAGAGGAUACGGGCACAAAGAAGAACUUCCAAAUUCGUCUUACAGAAGGAGACAUAACAUGGAGCAGAUGUUACAGACUGACUGCAGUGUGCUUUCUGCUGCUGUGUGUUCUCUUACUGACUGCCGUCACAGUGCUGUGGAUCAAAUACAACAUCUUGAAUACACAAAACAAACAGAUACAGACCAGUUACAACAAUCUGACUCUAGAGAGAGACCAGUUACAGAGGUUUACCAAAUUGGGAUGGAGAUUCUUCAGCUCAAGUCUUUAUUACAUUUCUACUACAUCUAAUAGCUGGAAUGAGAGCAGGCAGGACUGCAGAAAGAACCUAUCAGACUUGGUCAUCAUUAACAACAAAGAGGAACAGGAGUUCUUGUACCAGCUCCAUGACAAAAAAAAGGCUUGGAUAGGUCUGAGUAAAAGAGACGCAAAGGAUGUGUGGAAAUGGGUGGACGGUACACCACUGACCACUGAGUACUGGGCAUCUGGAGAACCCAACACAUAUGGUGAAGAGUAUUGUGUUGUUACUGGCUAUAGGUCAAAUCUUAAAAGCUGGGCUGAUUUUCCAUGUAAAACUAUGGCACAUUACAUAUGUGAGAAAAGAAUUUUUAACUAAAUAAGAACUUUUGAAAUUGAAUGUAAUCUACAUUUCACCCCCCCCCCUUUCUCUGUUGAGCCUUGACAUGAAUGUACAUUGUUAUGUAACUGUAUUAUAAAGUUCUAUCUAUCUAUCUAUCUAUUUAUCUAUCUAUCUAUCUAUCUAUCUAUCUAUCUAUCUAUCUAUCUAUCUAUCUAUCUAUCUAUCUAUCUAAGAAGAGACUUUUCGACCAGGAAGUGUUCAGAUUUCGGGUGAUGGCCCCCUCUGGUGGGGAGGAGAGGAAAUUGCCGGUGGAUUCGUUGAUAAACAGUAUACAGUAUAUACAGUAGUUUGUAAGUUUGUUUGCGAUGAUGCCCAGAAUUGGGAUAGAGGUGACUAGAGGUCCUGCAAACUUCGUGGUGUCUUAAACCUUAUUAGGGAUAAUUAGGUGGAGAAAAAAUAUACCAGAAAAAGUCAAAAGUAUUUUUAAAAAGAGAAUUUUUUUUUAAGAAUUUCCUCUAAGAC